AUGGGACGUAUAGUUAGAGCAAAAAGGGACCUUCGAAAAUCAAUCAGGUGUCAAACCGAUGUUGCCCUCAGCAUCACAGAGCAUUUAUUCUCAAAGGAAGAAUAUCAGGAGAAGAACCUCAUCUUUUCACCCUUCUCUCUCCAUGCUGUUCUUUGUGUCAUGGCUGCGGGUUCAGAAGGCCCCACGCUCGACGAGCUUCUUUCCUUCCUCCGAACUGACUCCAUCGACCAUCUCAACACUCUCUUCUCCCAGCUCGUCUCCGUCCUGCUCUCUGACGCUGCUGCUCCUUCACAUCGUCUAUCUUUUGUCAAUGGAAUGUGGGCUGAUAAAUCGGUUUCCCUUUCUCAUUCUUUUAAACAACUUGUGGCCACUCAUUACAAGGCGACUCUGGCUUCAGUUGAUUUUCUGGCCAAGUUUGACCAAGUGCGCCAUGAAGUGAAUUCAUGGGUUGAAAGAGAGACGAAUGGCCUUAUAACAAAGCUUCUUCCUCCCAAGGCAGUAGGCAAGUUAACCAGGCUUUUCUUUGCAAAUGCACUGUACUUAAAAGGUGCGUGGAAACACAAGCUUGAUGCUAGAGGCUAUUAUGAUUUUCACCUCCUUAAUGGCACCUUAGUCCAGGUUCCCUUCUUGAGAAGCGAGAAGGAGCAGUUUAUUAGCGUUUUUGAUGGUUUCAAAGUACUCCGCCUUUCUUAUCAACAAGGUCUAGAUAAAAAGCGUCGGUUCUCCAUGUACAUUUUUCUUCCAGACGCAAAAGAUGGACUGUCAGCUUUAAUUAAAAAGCUGGCCUCAGAGUCUAAUUUCUUGAAAGGCAAGCUUCCUCGGCAAAAAGUGCAAGUAUUUAAUUUCAGGAUUCCAAAAUUCAAGAUUUCUUUUACACUUGAAGCUUCUAAUAUGUUGAAGGAGCUGGGAGUGGUUUCGCCUUUCUCUGAACGGGAUGCAGAUUUUACAAAAAUGGUGGACUCUCCUUUGGAUGGAGAAUACGUUGAAAGCAUGUUUCACAAAGCUUUCAUUGAGGUAAAUGAAGAAGGCACUGAAGCUACAACGACCAGUUCAAUGAAGAAGGCGCCGAAGGGUAAAAUGUGUUGUACCCGUCGUCCUGGUAUAGAUUUUGUAGCUGACCACCCUUUCCUCUUUUUAAUCAGAGAAGAUUUGACUGGAACAAUCCUCUUUAUUGGGCAGGUGCUCCAUCCUCUGAAGGAGGAGGAUGAAUCUAGUGAUUUUGAAGCGGAGGUAAAUUGGAAGGAAGAAGAUGAAGGUCCAGCAAAGAGGAAGAGGUCAAGCAAAGAGGAUUCAGAUGCGGAUGAUUUUAUAAUCGGUAAGCGAAAUAGAGAUGGGUCCUUAAUUAGGUGGUAG